AUCAUGGUAGACAGACAUGGUGCAUGUGCACUAGAGAGGCGCAACAGAGAGAAGUAGAGCGGAUUUGACUUCAGUUCUUGAGAGAAAGAAGAAAGAGAAUAGAAGCGAAAAGAAAGAACGAAAAGAAUGAAGAAAAUUCAAUCGGAUCCAAUACAAACUUGACGUCCGCAAUGACCCUCUUUCUUUCUCUCUCAUCUCUUUCUCUCUCCCUCUCUAAAACACACACCAUGACGCAGCAGUAGCAGCUACAGCAACACUUAGUUUCACUGAGAUUAAAGACGAUGUUGCUCAUGCACUGAGAAAACCCUAGAUACCCUUUGCUCGCAUAGUCUUGGUGCCAAUUCGGAACCCAACUUCAAAGUUCCAAGCUUUUCAACUCAAUUUCUCAAUUUUCAACUCUCGGUGAGUCAUGGCAACUCUUAACGUAACACUUUGACGUUUUACCCUUUCGCCUCUGUUUCUUACUCUUUUUCCCUCAAUUACCACACCCCAUUUAUCUCAUUUCUAGCUUUGGAUCGUUGAUUUGCUUCAACUACGGCUCGAUCGGCUGCUAUUUUUGUCACCACUGUUUUUCACUUUGAUAAAUGUUACGUUUGCAUCUUCUGAUAAUUUUCUUUUUCUCUUUCAAUUCUGCUUGGACUUGUUUUAAAAUAAAUUAAAAAGUGUUAAUUUUGAACUGAUGCUUGGGGUUUUAUUGAUUUUGCUGUGAGAUGCGUGUCUUAAUUUGAUAGAAGCUGUUUCUUUCUUAAAAGCAAUUAAUGUUCUUGAAAUUUUAGAAUCUUUUUUCUUCUUUUUAUUGGUUUAUUGGAUAUUAUGGUGUGCACUGGUUGAUGGGUUGGAUCUGAGAAGUCAUGUGUUGUACAGAGUUUCAUGCGAAAGCCGUUUGGAGGUUGCUCAUUUAAGGGAGGUAGCGCAAUUGUAAUGUUCAGAAUCAAAGAAUGUUUCAUGGUUUGGUUUUUCUUUGGUCUAUGGCUUGUGUUUGGUAAAACUGAACACCACAUGCUUCUAUUGGAUCACAGUGAAGACUUUGGUCUUCGACUCUGGCUUGAGCGUUGUGCCUUGUAUCUCACAAGCUGUUGUGUAAUUGUAGUUUGUUGAAAUCAUGUUUUAUGUAACUUAGUUGUUAUGCUUAGGUAAUUGCUUGAAGACUCUGAUUCUUAAAGAUGGUGCCUCCGGGGCCACCCACUCCCAUUGGUGGUGCCCAGUCUGUUACACCCUCUCUUUUGAGAUCAAAUUCAGGAAUGUUAGGAGCUCAAGGGGGUCCCAUGCCUUCCCAGACAUCUUUCCCUUCGCUUGUGUCACCGCGUACACAGUACAACAACAUGAACAUUCUAGGAAAUAUGUCUAAUGUAACUUCGAUACUGAAUCAAUCUUUCCCAAAUGGAGUCCCGAAUCCUGGGCUCUCUGGUCCAGGAAGUAGCCAGCGUGGAGGUAUUGACGCUGGAGCUGAAGCAGAUCCACUCUCCAACGUUGGCAAUGGAUUAAACUUUAAUAAUUCUUCGUCCACGUUUGUACAGUCAAACAUAGUGAGUCCUGGUUCCUCUGGUCAAGGUCAGGCUCAACAAUUUUCAAAUCCUUCUAGUAAUCAGCUCUUGCCAGAACAACAACAUUCCCAGCCGCUUGAAACUCAAAAUUUCCAACACAGUCAGCAGUCAAUGCAGCAGUUCUCUUCUCCUCUGAAUACACAGCAGCAGCAUUUUCAAACAAUUCGAGGAGGGAUGGGUGGUAUGGGACCAGUAAAGGUGGAGCCCCACGUAAACAACGAUCAACUUGGACAGCAGCAGCAGUUGCAAUCAUUGAGGAAUCUUGCUUCAGUGAAACUGGAACCACCACAGAUGCAAACAAUGAGAACUCUGGGACCAGUUAAAGUGGAGCCCCAGCAUUCUGAUCAACCAUUAUUUUUGCAGCAGCAACAGCAGCAGCAGCAACAACAGCAGCAACAAUUCCUCCAUAUGUCAAGCCAGUCCUCUCAGGCUGCUGCCGCCCAGAUCAAUAUUUUGCGCCAUCAUAGGCUUUUGCAGUUGCAGCAACAACACCAGCAGCAACAACUCUUGAAGGGAAUGCCUCAACAACGGUCCCAACUACCACAACAAUUUCAACAGCAGAAUAUGCCUGUAAGAUCUCCUGUGAAACCAGUAUAUGAACCGGGGAUGUGUGCUAGGCGGUUGACACAUUACAUGUAUCAACAACAACAUAGACCUGAAGACAACAAUAUUGACUUCUGGAGGAAGUUUGUUGCUGAGUAUUUUGCUCCUAAUGCCAAGAAGAAAUGGUGUGUUUCUAUGUAUGGUAGUGGGAGACAAACAACUGGAGUUUUUCCUCAGGAUGUAUGGCACUGCGAAAUAUGUAAUCGCAAACCAGGCCGUGGGUUUGAAGCAACUUUUGAGGUUCUUCCCAGGCUUUUCAAGAUAAAGUAUGAAAGUGGUACUUUGGAAGAACUACUUUAUGUUGACAUGCCCCGUGAAUAUCAUAAUUCCUCUGGUCAGAUUGUUCUAGAUUAUGCAAAGGCAAUACAAGAAAGUGUUUUUGACCAACUUCGUGUUGUUCGUGAUGGUCAACUUCGAAUAGUUUUCUCUCCAGACCUGAAGAUAUGUUCUUGGGAAUUUUGUGCCCGGCGCCAUGAAGAGCUAAUCCCCAGAAGAUUGUUAAUACCGCAGGUUAGUCAGCUUGGAACGGUUGCUCAAAAAUACCAGGCUUUUACUCAAAAUGCAACGCCCAAUGUAUCUGUUCCAGAGUUACAAAAUAAUUGCAAUAUGUUUGUUGCAUCAGCCCGUCAGUUGGCUAAAGCCUUAGAAGUACCAUUAGUUAAUGAUUUAGGAUAUACUAAGAGAUAUGUGCGCUGCCUACAGAUAUCAGAAGUGGUAAAUAGUAUGAAAGACUUGAUAGAUUACAGCAGAGAAACAAGAACUGGACCUAUGGAGAGUCUAGCAAAAUUCCCUCGGAGGACAAGUGGAUCAUCUGGACCUCGCAGUCAAGCACUACAGCAUGAAGAUCAAUUACAACAGCAGCAGCGACAACAGCAAAUGGUGGCCCAUAACUCAAAUGGUGACCAAACCUUGGCACAAGCUGCCAUCAUGCAAAUUGGUUCUAGCAAUGGUGUGGUUAGUGUAAAUAACUCUGUCAACUCAGCAUCCGCAUCAACCACCACAAGCACUAUUGUUGGACUUCUUCACCAGAACUCUAUGAAUUCUAGACAACAAAAUUCAAUGAACAAUGCAAGCAGUCCAUAUGGAGGUAGUUCUGUUCAGAUUCCAUCCCCAGGUUCCUCCAGUACUAUGCCCCAGGCGCAGCCAAACUCAUCCCCUUUUCAACCACCAACACCAUCCUCAUCUAACAAUGCUCCACAAACAUCUCUCCCUGCUUUAACAUCUGCCAAUCACAUGAGUACAACAAACUCGCCAGCUAAUAUUUCCCUGCAACAGCAGCAGUCAUCUCUUUCUGGUGAAGCUGACCCUAGUGAUACUCAGAGUUCAGUCCAGAAAAUCAUACAAGAGAUGAUGAUGUCCUCCCAGAUUAAUGGCACAGGUGGAAUGGUGGGUGUUGGUUCUCUUGGGAAUGACGUGAAGAACGUAAAUGGCAUUCUGCCAGUGAGUGCCAAUACAGGGAUCAAUGGUGGCAAUGGCCUGGUGGGGAAUGGUGCAUUGAACAGUAAUUCAGGUGUUGGGGUUGGUAGUUAUGGCACAAUAGGUCUUGGUCAAUCCACUAUGCCUAAUGGCAUCAGAGCUGCAAUGGUAAAUAAUCCGCUUAUGAAUGGAAGGGGAGGAAUGGCGUCUAUUGCUCGGGAUCAAGCUAUGAAUCAUCAUCAAGAUUUGUCAAACCAACUACUUAGUGGGCUAGGGGCAGUAAAUGGUUUUAAUAAUCUUCAAUAUGAUUGGAAACCUUCUCCUUGAGAGCUUUUGUAGAUGGUAUGGAUUUUGUGGUUCUUGACAGCUGCUCGUGCAGCAUGAGCAUGAGCAAUUGUAUUGCCUUAGGCCCUUGAUGAUGGCAGAAUGCAUUUGGGUUGGGUAGUGAUAGGGCGUAGGCCACUGUGCCAAUAUACGAUUUUAUUUUUAAGAAAUGAAAAUUUGUUGGCUGGUUGUGUGGCUGAAGGGGCUGAUUUUCCUUGUGAAUUCAAGUGUAACUUUUUAUAUUAAUUUUCUUAUGAGCUUUCACAAACGCAUCGGACCCAUGAGGAAGGUGCCAAGUUUUGGGCUACGAAAUGCAACUGGUUGUUGGGAGAAUAGUUGGAUAUUUUCCCAAGCAAUGAUCAAUUUGAAGUUUCUCUGCAGAAGGAACUAAUCAACGUUCAACCAUUGAAUAAAGUCUGGUUAUCCAAUGUAAUCUU